GCUCUUUGUUAUACAAACCUCGUUUAAUUUGUUAUGAGAACCAUGAAUAAGCCGCUAGUUCGCGAAAAACGAUCGAAGUUAGGAUACCGAGCUUUGGACAGCGAGCUGAGAGAAAUACGUAUUCUUUCAAUCCGGUCGAAUUCCUCGUUGGGAAUAGAGUGCAGUCUUGAGCAUGCCUCAUUGCUCACUUGUCCACCAUACAAGGCGCUUUCAUAUACCUGGGGCGAUCCUGCAGAUACGACCGAUAUAUUACUCAACGGCUGCUCAUUUCCUGUUACUCGAAAUUUUGCAACAGCCCUCCAACAUAUUCGGUCUUUCACGGAGACUGUUAGCUUCUGGAUUGAUGCAAUUCUGUGCGACAGCCACGACACUCAGGAGCGAAGCGAGCAGGUUCAAUAUAUGAAAGCCAUUUAUGAACAUGCCCAGGAGGUAAUCAUUUGGCUAGGUCCGGAUAGAAACGACGGCGUCUUUGCAAUAGAAGCUAUGAAUAUGGUAUCCGAUAGUCAGAUAAUAUUAGGAUCAAAAUCUGGUAACCCUCCGGGCUUUGUACCUCCUACUAUUAGUGACAGGUUUUUCAAGACCCGGGUCUGGGUUAUUCAAGAAGCUACAUUUCCGAAUGAAACCUAUUUUAUGUGCGGCAGAUAUAAGACGGAGUUUACAAGAGUUACUAUAACUGUGAUUCAAAUAUUGUAUUCCAGGAUACUGCAGGCAUUACGUCCUGGCUCCGAAACUCCAGAUCUUGUACGCUUCCAGAAAGUCAUAAGCUUGUAUAGCAUCAGACAAGGCCGAAUCAACCAAGACGGAGAUCUGGAUCUCCUUCACUUCUCGACCAAUCACGAAUACGCAAAGCAUCCGACUUAA